CCUCGCAGCGCACCGCUAGAAUCCAAAACCCCCAUCGCAAAGGGUAGAGAGAGAGAGGAGGGAGCGAAGAGAGAGAGGAGGGAGCGAAGAGAGAGAGGGAGAUCCAUCCAUGGAUUCCGCCGCCGUCGUCAAGGUUGUCCCGCAGGCCGGCCUCGUCAAGGAACUCCCCGCCGCGCCGUCCGUCGUCGUCCCGCAGGUCGGCAUCGUCGAGGAGCUCCCUCCCGCGCCUUCCGUCGCCGUCAAUGGUGUCCCGCAGGUCGGCAUCGUCGAGGAGCUCCCUCCCGCGCCUUCCGUCGCCGUCAAUGGUGUCCCGCAAUCCGUCCUCGUCAAGGAGCUCCCCGCCGCACCGUCCGUCGCCGUCAGUGGUGCCCCGCAGGCCGUCCUCGUCAAGGAACUCCCCGCGGUCGACGCGUCGUCCGUGCUCGGGAAGUCCGUCGUCUCCGCCCGCUCCCCCAACACCACCGAGGAGCCCAGUGGCGAGGACACCGCCUUCGACCACCGCCGCGCGCUCGACCUCUCCGUCCCCAAGCACUUCUCCCCAGGCGCGCGGGACCUGUUCGGCGAGCCGAUGAAGCUGACCCAGCUGCUGUCGCUGAUGGAGAACGGCGCUGCGGCGUCCGGGACCGGCUUCUCCGGGCGCGGGUGGUGGGUGUCGAAGGAGGACAACGACGCGCUGCAGCUGAAGGUGGCGAUGCCGGGGCUGGGGAAGGAGCACGUGAAGGUGUUGGCGGAGAAGAACAUCCUGGUGAUCAAGGGCGAGGGCAACAAGGACCCCGAGGACGGCGACAACAAGGGCCCGGCGAAGUACAGCCGCCGCUUCCAGCUCCCCGCAGAGGCCUUCAAGAUGGACCAGAUCAAGGCGGAGAUGAACAACGGCGUGCUCAAGGUGACCGUUCCCAAGAUCAAGGACGAGGAGCGCAAGGACGUGUUCCAGAUCAAGGUCGAGUAGGGGUGGGGAUCGAAUCGGUCCGUCCAGGUCUCGUAGUUGCAGUCCCUAUCGUAGUUGCAGUGCACUAGUAGUAGUUUACUGGAGUAAUCUUUGCUGAUGGAGAGAGAGGUUGCGAACAAGAGGGAGACGUUUCUUUUUGGUGGUGGUGUUGUCUCGUGCCUGAUGUCUGAAGCGACCUGUUUACCUUUCUGUUCGUCCUGCAGAGUUUAGUUUCUUGGAUGGUGAUGGUCACUGAUGACCUUGUUAUGAACAUCUUAUGGUAAUGGUAUCAGAAGUUACUGAUUGGCAUCUA